UGAGACACAACCACUGGCCAUAGUGAUGCCACAUCCUCCUCUAUAUAAACAAAAAACACACUAGUUUAUUCAAGCUGAAGCUAGCCACACACUACAGUUCCUCGUUGACCGAAUACAUAACAUUUGUCAGCCCAUUUACUGUAGAUUUUUUCCCCCCAUGUAAACUGGGAAACAUGGCUUGGAAGUUCUCUAGCUCUGCUGUGUUUAGUGAUGUUGAAAGCUAAGCUGCUCUCUCCUGUCGUAUUAGGGUGAAAAACGUUCAACAUCGCUUAACAUUUUAUUUUUUUGAACGUGUCCUCAGUUCGAUGUGACUUGUGAUUCGCUGCUAAUGUGUUUACGCGUCAAGUAGUCUUCAAUUUUAUUAUUAAUAGCUUUUGUGGCACAUCAGUGUGGAUUGCUAACUAAACCAUUAGCCACCCAGUUACAGUAUUUAUCUGUCAGUAGAGUCACUCUGGAACUCAAGUCCCGUCAACAGACACACCAAAAGCCUAGUGUCUUUUUCUACAAACCCGUAUAAUCAUGACUGCCAUGCGAGUGGAUGCUAAGGUGGUCAUGCUUGGCAAGGAGAGUGUGGGUAAAACCAGUCUGGUGGAAAGAUACGUACAUGGCCGGUUUCUUGUGGGACCAUAUCAAAAUACUAUAGGGGCUGCGUUUGUUGCGAAAGCCCUCAACGUCGGUGACAAGGUGGUUACCCUGGGAAUAUGGGACACUGCUGGGUCUGAACGCUAUGAAGCUAUGAGCAGAAUCUAUUACAGAGGAGCGCGUGCUGCCAUUGUCUGCUACGACUUGACUGACAGCAGCAGUUUUGGAAGGGCCAGGUUCUGGGUGAAGGAGUUACAGAACUGUGAAGAGCACUGCAAGAUAUAUUUGUGUGGCACCAAGAGUGACCUCAUUGAGGCCGAUCGAAGUGUGCGGCAAGUAGACUACCAUGAUGUUCAAGACUUUGCAGAUGAAAUAGGUGCACAACAUUUCAAGACCUCCAGCAAAACAGGAAAAAAUGUUGAUGAGGUGUUUCAGAAAGUGGCUGAAGAUUUUAGUAGCUGUGCUUUAGAAUUCAUGCAAGAAGAGAAGGGGGUGGAUCUUGGGCAAAAGAAGGACUCUUAUUUUGACAACUGCUGCCAUAACUGACCUAUCACAGGAAAAACUGCUGUAUCAUAUGGUCUAUUUUGGGAUGACUGGAGGCUCACCAUCUUUUAUACUCCUCAAAGCAUCAGCUGGAGUUUUUUUUUUUUCGCUCUUUCCUUUUUUCUUUUAUGAUUUUUUUUUUUUCUGGUGUGCAGUAGAACAUGAAGGAUUCCACUUUUUCCAGUAUUCAAGCAAUGAACUCUUUUUCUUUAUCAAGAACAUGUUUUUUUUUUUUUUUUGGACCUGAGAAUGUUGACUGA